AUGAAGGGAGAAGAGGAGGUAGAGGAAAACUCAGCUGCAGCCAUGAAGGUAAAAGGGGAAAAAAUAGAAAUAUACACAUAACACUUAAGAACAUUUUUAAACAACCCCACUCCUAAUAUAUCACACCGACCCCCCUAACCAGCACAGUACAGUUAAAAUACAGUAAAGUGUUUUUAUUUAUUUGAAUGGGGUAGGGCAGCUCCUCCUGGCUUCCCCCAUGUUGGUGAGGUUUGUCUCCUUUUUCCUUUUCUAAAGGUGACAAAGCAAUGUGUUGAAAACUUAAUUUCUUCCAAUGAACCAUUGCUUUAACCAGAUAAUUGAUUCUUUCACCUAUAGAUUUAUCCACAUAAUCCAAGCCGAGAUGAAUUAGCAUCCCAAAGGGGUACACUUGCACGUUACAUCUUAAGAUAAAUGUUUUGGAAGAGGCCUAAAUUAAAAAGGAGAAUUAAUUUCCAAGCAAAUCCUUGAAUGCCCAGUGAAUUAGAGAGGCAGGGAGCUGGCUGGUUUGUCUAAUGGAGCAUCCCAAAACCCAGUUUGGGUCUAGAAGACUCCAGCCUUAAGGGCAACCCUCCAUUGCUUUCUCUUUGAUUUUUUGAGCAGAUACUCUGAAUUGAACACCACAAGAAGAAAUGGGGACCAGCCCCUGCUGUAGUGGCCAGCACUAGAAGCCAUUUGAGUAAUUCAGAUCAAUAAAGUAGGAAUAAUUAAUAUUUACAAAUCAGUUUGGGACACUUGCGGCAGAGAGGUGCUCUAAAGAAAAGCACUUUCGACAUUUCUGAGCCUUCAGAAUAGGCUCCUGGUUGUCCUUUGCCUGGAGGGAGAAAUGUUGUCAGCAGAUGUGCAGUCGCCCUGAGAACCUCAGGCACCCAAAGGGGAUGGCAAGGGGGGCUUCAUGGCGGGACUGAACUGGCAGCUGCAGGAGAAGGGUGGAUCCCUCAGUGGAUCCCUAAAGAGCCUUCCAAGGGCCAUUGAAGAGGGCAGCGUCCAGCUGGGCUGGGGACACAAAGGGGGUGAGGUGGCCAAUUCCUGCCUGGUAGCAGGUUGGGCUGGAUGACCCUUGGGGUCCCUUCCCGAUAUAUAAAGAAGAAAGGGAAAGAGCCUUCCUUGAAGGGAGGUGUGGUUGUCGGCAGGCAAAGGGGUGCAAGUCGCAGCAGGAUUGUCUCCUUCCAACCGUCCCGCUGCGAAGACCCAUCUGCCUCUGCUCCGACGUAAAUCAGUGACCCAGGGCACACGAUAUGAGUAUGGGGCAUCUAAAACUAUGAAAAUGGGCUUAUAUAUCUUGAGUUUCUGACUGCUCAGCUGCAUACUCAAUCAAAUGUGGAUGCCAAACAACUGAACUUUGUGGUUAACCCUGAAGCCUGUCUCUUUCUCUAGAACGCGCCUGAUGGGCAUUUGCGCUGCCUCCCUUGGUUCUCUCGGCCUGAUGCGUUUUGGGGCUUGGCUGGUCAUGGAGUAUUGCAGUUGCUCUGGCCCUUUCUCCGGAUCAUCUUUCCAACAGCCUGGAGAGAUCUCCUGUAAGUCCCACUUCCUCUUGCAUCGUGAUGUCCUCGUUUGUGGUUUACAUCCAUCGGGGGGACCAACCUGUGGCCCAGAUCAGGCCCUCAUGCCAUGAGAAGCGGCUCACCAGCCCCAUGAUUUCUGAUCACUACUUGUCUGCUCAAAACCAGAAUUGGUGUUCAUGUGAAGAAUCCUAAAACUACACAUAAUGUGAAAUGUUGAGAAAUUCGACUCAGCCAGGAAGCUUUGGGCCAGGUCAUCAGCAUAGCCAGGGUCUUUGUUGGAGGGCAGGACUUUGGAAAGGGGGACAGAGCCAAUGGAAUUGGUCAGGCAGUUAAGUAUUUCUAUUGAAGAAGAAGAGUUUGGAUUUGAUAUCCUGCUUUAUCACUACCCUAAGGAGUCUCAAAGCGGCUCAAAAUCUCCCUUCCUCCCCCACAACGAACACUCUGUGAGGUGAGUGGGGCUGAGAGACUUCAGAGAAGUGUGACUGGCCCAAGGUCUCCCAGCAGCUGCAUGUGGAGGAGCGGGGAAUCGAACCCGGUUCACCAGAUUACAAAUCCACCCCUCUUAACCACUACACCACACUGGCUCUCUAUUGCUUUACUUGAUCCACGAGCCAUGUACUAAUUCUUGGUCCAAUGUACAUUAUACUAUUGUUGUGAUGAUAAAAGGAGGUAAAGCUCAUUUGUAUGCUUCAGAAUCCAAAUGAGAGAAAUUAAAAGUUUGAAAGGGGAAAUAAUUUUAGAACCAUAUUCAAAUUCCUGCUUGGAAAUAACUUAUUAUCAUGAAUUCUAUACCAGCACUGGCCACACGAGGGCACUGUUUAUUUUUCUCUCAAUGUCUUUUCCAGUAAUGGCCACACGGGGUCACUGUUUACUUUCCUAUUGAUGUCUUUUCCAGUAUUGCUGGAAAACACACAAAUGGCUGGGACUCUUUGGAUCUUAUGGAUAGAAAUCAUGCAGGAGCCUUCAUCUGAAGGCAGCCCUGUUUAGGGAAGCUUUUAAUGUUUAAUUGGUUAGUGUUUUGUUGGAAGCCGCCCAGAGUGGCUGGGAAACCCAGCCAGAUGGGCGGGAUAUAAAUAAUAGCUUAUUAUUAUUAUUCAUCAUGGGGUUAGUACCUUCUGCAACUUUUUUCUGAGAUGUACCUGUGAACAAAAUAUAGGAUCCUGAUAGCAGUCUCCUUUGUUGCAUUGCCUCCAUGUUCUUGUGUCGUUGCUUUAGGCGGCCUGCUUAUAUGAGCUGAAAUUGUCCUUAUAUACUGCAAAAGACAUGUUUUGACCAAAUACUUACUUACUUCUUGCUGCUGCUAGUGGCCUAAAUUCAUACCUGCUUUUUGUUUCCUUGCAAAGAUCACCGAAAAGCAGCUUUUGGUUAUGAUGCCUACAGAACAAGGACAUCAUCCAGAACUGUCUACUCAGCAGGUAAGCCAUCGUUCUCUCUUUCUCUUAGGGAAUCUCCUGGGUGCUGGCCAGGGUGUGAUCCAUGGCCUGACUGUGUGAAAUACGAGCACCCAGUGAGUGGAGCCCCAAACUCUCCUUGGAGGCACAAACUCCGUUUGCAGGAGGUGGGAGCAAAUGCAUUGGUGGGGAGGAUCUGCUUGGAAAGGAAGCUCCAGCUCCCGAAGAUCAAGAGAACCCUUGAACAGGAAUGAAUCUCACUUCCUAAGACUCCAGGCCAUUGAAGGGAAAUACACAGUUCAAACAGAUAAAAUAUUCCUGAUAAAAUUCCAUUCCUCAGCAGUUGGAACUGAGUGGUUAGAGGUAGAUUUGGGGCUGAACUAAAAGUUGUGAAAUUCAUUUUUCUGAUUCCAUUUUGAAAGGAAAUGCUCUCUUUGAGGCUACGACCUUGAAGGGAGAACUCGUUUGUGGUGGGAGAGAAGGUUGCUUAAAGCAGCAGAGAGUAGCCAUUGAAACAGACUCCCCCCCCAUCAGCAUUGUUCGAAUGAUCUCUAGUGCAAAUGGAAGGUUACAUAAAUUUUAAGAUACCUUCUGUAUAUCUGAGGCAGGUGGGUUUGUGUGCCUGUGGCCUUUGUUUCAGGGAGUAGGUCUCUGUGUGUGUUUGUGUGUUUUGUUAUUGUUCUGUUAUGGUUUUUUCAGAACAGGUGCCUCGGAGGCUAGUAGUUGGUCAAGGUAGAUAAAAAGAACAGACAAAAGCUGUAUUUUCUUCUGUAUUUUCUUCCCAGAUCGGCUGUUCUGCAUCUGGCACAACUGGACUGCCCAAGGCUGCCAUUGUGGCGCAGAGCAGGUGAGGAGCGUCAACGUGACUGGCCUGGCAACUCAGUCUAGUUUUUAAUUUGUGAUGAUUUUUUUUAUAUAUAUGUACACAAAUAUCCAAGAAGCACUACUGCCAGACACUUCUCUUGACAGCUGUCUUCUUUUUUAUAUAUAUAAUGACCUUUAUUAUUUAUUUAGUUUUAGUUACAUACAUUACAUACUGACACAUACACAUAAUAUAUUACACUUUACAUUUACACUUGCUCUUGAGAGCUGACUUCCCUCCUUCCUUCUUCCAGCUUCUUUAUUUCCCCUCAUUUCUUUCUGAACUUUUUUUUAUUGUUCCUCUACUGUUUGCAUUUCUACUUAACGUUCCUUCAUUUGUCCUGAUAAGUCUGUUGCAACUUCCACUAUCUUUUCCUCAAUGUUUUUUCCACUUUCCUUUACCUCUCCUUAUUUCUCUUAUCUCUGCCAAUAUUUUUGCAAAAUCUCCCUCGCCUUCUAUCUCAACUUUGGCUGCCCUUCUCUGCCCUGAUGUUGUUGUUUUUGCUGUCUUACGUUUCUUUAAUUAAUAGUUUGUUUCAAGGUGCAAUUUCUCAAACCACCACUGCAGGGCGAUUGCCAAAAAACGUAUUUUUCCUGCUGUUCUCUCUUUCGCCACUGAGUGUCUCUAUUUCUCUCACUUUCUCUUUUACCAUACCCAAGGAUUAUCUUUAAUUUCCUUUCCUUAAGAACAGCCUCUUAUAGUCCAAACAAGCAUAUACAGAUACACAUUCAAAUACAAAUACAAAUCUCCACACACACCCUGUUCAGCUCCUGAUCGAAGCCUUUAUUCUGCACAGCGUCUGUAAUGAAGAAAGUCUAAUAAGGGGGAUAAUAUAAAACUUCUAAUUCCCCCUGCUUUUCGCAGAGGGAGCGUGGAAAAGGUCCCAAACCGAUCAGUUCUGAUACUUUGUAGAUAUUGAGAUGUAAAGUAGAAGGCAAACAGUAUCUCUGACUUCUCUACAGUCCAAAGCUCUUAUUAAUGUCUUUGGGAUGUUUCCAAUAACCGGGUUGUUACAAUAAGUCUUUGGGCUUAAUAAUGUUUCCAAGCUAAUGUUUCCAAAAACGCCUUAAUAGUACAGUAUAUACGAAACGCCAAGUUAGAAUCAUAGAAUCAUAGAGUUGGAAGAGACCACAAGGGCCAUCGAGUCCAACCCCCUGCCAAGCAGGAAACACCAUCAGAGCACUCCUGACAUAUGGUUGUCAAGCCUCUGCUUAAAGACCUCCAAAGAAGGAGACUCCACCACACUCCUUGGCAGCAAAUUCCACUGUCGAACAGCUCUUACUGUCAAGAAGCUCUUCCUAAUGUUUAGGUGGAAUCUUCUUUCUUGUAGUUUGGAUCCAUUGCUCCGUGUCCGCUUCUCUGGAGCAGCAGAAAACAACCUUUCUCCCUCCUCUAUGUGACAUCCUUUUAUAUAUUUGAACAUGGCUCAGAUGAUACAACCUUGAUGGCAGAAAGUGAGGAGGAAUUGUCAGGCCCACAGAUCACUGCUUCUGUUCCCCUCAGUAGGGAAUCCCCUAUCACCACUACACGCCUCCUCUUAGGUUUGGUCGGGGUUCUUCCAUGAGCUGUCCGUUCCAAGGUCGCCUGCACAUUCCCUGAGGACUGACUUUGCUGCUCGUCUUCAUAUACCUGAUCAACUGUAAUGAGGGAGAGAUCCUCAAAUGGAGUCUGCUCUUCGUCUUCCAUGCUAGGGGAGAGAACCUCAAAGCGAUUGUGUAUUUCUAAACAAUCAGAGCGAACCCUGGGCCUCCUACUUCUUUGAGUCACGUUUCUCCAUAUAUCUGGCUCCUGUGUUGGUGAACUAGCCUCCUCCUCAGGGGAGUCCCCUGUCUUCUCCUUGGUGGAGACGGUGUGCUCUGUUGACGGUGUGCUCAAGAAGAGCUCCAGCUCUCUAAUUCUUUGGAGCGUAGCUACACGUUCCUCCAGUUGCUGGACUUUGUCUUCUAAGAGGGCAACCAACAUGCAAUUGCUGCAGGUAAAGCUGCCUGCAACCUGUGGCAAGAUGGCAAACAUUGCGCAGGAACCGCAGGCGAAUGCAGCUGUUCCCUCCCCCUCCAUCUUGAGAACGUGUCGUUGGGGGUGGCUACAGCGGUCCUCCAUCAUAAAAGCGUGAAGACAGGACAAAUAACUCCCCCCCCAAAAAAACCCCUAGGUCUCCCCCAACAAACGUUUGAGACUAGCUCCCCUAAAUCUAAAAGAUGGAUCAAACUGCCCUGCAAACUCCUCCCAAAAGGGCUGAGUUUCACGGGAAUUCAAAACAUUGUCUAUAUCUCACAUUGAAGUUGGUCUUGUCUCUCUUGCCCCUCGGGGAGCUGAGACCUUUUUUCUCCUUUGUUACUCAGUAGGCUUUUUAAAAUGCUGACUCCCUCUUAAUGAUUUUCCCCUGCGCCAUUUUCUCCACCAGCAUCGGGUAGGAUUUCCUGAAUUUCCAAACUGUUCCAACUUUCCCCCGGACCUGCUUGUUCUUUGACUGCUUUCGCCCUUGACCUUUUUGUUUUUGGAGUCUGGGGUUUUAUCGUAAGCCUUGGAAUACUUUCCUGCUACGACUUUGGAGCCUGGGGCAUCGCUUUGCAGGUCUAGAAUGGAUCCUAGCAUUCGCGUCUUCAGUCCUGCCUCCUUUCUGAACCCUGGCCUGGUGGAAAUGAAUUCCAUAAUAAUAUAAAACACUGAGAGUGUUAUCUAUGGAAACAGGGCUACCUGAGAGAAUUUGAUUUCUCCUCUUGCAGUGUGUGUGUGUGUGUGUGUGUGUGCGCGCGCACACACACAGACAAAUGACUGGGACUCUUUAGGAUCUUAUGGAUCGAAAUCACGCAGGAGCCUUCAUCUGAAGGCAGCCCUGUUUAGGGAAGCGUUUAAUGUUGAAUAGGUUAUUGUAUUUUAGUGUUUUGUUGGAAGCCACCCAGAGUGGCUGGGGAAACCCAGCCAGGUGGGCGGGGUAUAAAUAAUAAAUUAUUAUUACUAUUAUUAUUAUUAAUAUUAUUAUUAAUCAUGGGGUUAGUACCUUCUGCAACUUUUUUCUGAGGUAUACCUAUGAACAAGAAAUAGGAUGCUGAGAACAGUCUCCUUUGUUACAUUGCCUGCAUGUUCUUGUGUUGUUGCUUUAGAAGGCCUGCUUAUGUGAGCUGAAAUUGUCCUUAUACGCUGCAAAAUCCAUGUUUUGACCAAAUACUUACUUUCUUCUUGCUGCUGCUAGAUAGUAUUAAGUGGCCUAAAUUCAGACCUGCUUUUUGUUGCCUUGCAGAUUGCACCGAAUUGCAGCUUUUGGUUAUGACCCCCAAGGACAUAAUCUAGAACUGUCUCCCGCUGUAUCCCUCAGCAGGUAG